CCUCCAGUACUUUCUGAAUAUUUGGAAUUUGUUCAUUUAUAUUUAUUAUGGUUACAACAUGUCAAAUGGCUUUAUAUGUUGGGACAAAUUGUCAAACUUUCCUCUGUUUUUUGUUUAAUUGUUGCUAGUUUUGAAAGAUAUUUGGUGACUUCUCAUUGGACUUUUGGAGGAUUUGAAGAGAGAACGAGAUGGUUGCUUCUUGUAUUAGUUUUGACUCUUGCGAUUGCUAUUCGUUUCAGCACUUCAGUGGAAGUGGUUGUAUUGAUUGAUGGCCGAAACAUUGAUCCAUUCAAGCGUUAUACUGCUGGACAAGUUUCAAGACGUGAUUGGUUGCCUAAUUUUCUUAGUCUUUUAACUGUUAUAAUUCCUUUUGCUACUCUUGUAUUUUUAAAUGGAGGAAUUGUUUUGAUGUUGAGGCAACAAAAUGUUCAGCAAUUACGUUCAUUAAUUACUGAAUUAACUAUGGGACAUGAUUUUAUGAAAGUUCGGAGAAGAAAUAUUAGAGCAGCUACAAAUACUUUACUUUUUAUUAUUUCUGCCUAUUUGAUCUCAAAUUUGCUCAAUUUAUUUCUUUCAAUUUUGGUCUUUCUACAGCCUGGUCUUCUUCAAAGAACUUAUCCUCAUCAAUAUCGCCUUAUCUCUGACUUUGCCUCAGUUUUGACAGUAAUUGGAAAUGCUUUACGUUUCCCAGCCCAUUUUUUCUCAAAUGGAGAAGUUCGUGAACAAUUACUUUCUAUUUUUUAUACUUCAGAAAAGAUUUCUUCAUCAAAUGCUUCAAUUUUACCAACAAAACAGCCUCUAUCAACAGUUUUACAAUUAAGGCGACAUUCUGAAAGAUUAGAAAAUCCUUGGUUUUCAGCAUUAUUAACAGCUAGACCAUCACAAACUUCACAGGAUAUUUUUAAAAAAUUAUCAUCAAAUUCAAAUUCUUCAACAAAAAGUUCAAGAAAAUCAACACAACAGCAACAUAAAUUAUCAAAUACUUCUUCAAAUUUUAAUUUUAAUAGUAAAAAUGGAAAAGGAGCAGCACAAUUACGUUCAUAUAUUCAUGGGGCAUUAGAAGCAUCACAAAAAGUUGAGGGAAUUAAAAGAUUACCAACACCACAAUUUGGGGGAAUUUGUGCAAUUUGUAAUGAAUAUUUUAUUAAUGGUGGAGAUUGUUGUAAUGGAAGUAAUCUUGAAACUGAAAGAGAACCUUUAUUUGAAGAACUUUUUAAUUAUAAACAAAAAAUUAAUGAAACUAGGCCACUUGUGAAAGAAAAAGAUGGGAAACAGGAAGAGGAAGAAGAAAGUGAAGAAGAAGAGGAAGAAGAUUCAACAAAAUCAACAACACAACCAAGGCCUACACCUGAAGAAGAGGAGGAAGAAGAAGAGGAGGAGGAAGAGGAUGUUGAUUUUUCUAAAUUAAAAUUUGAUCCGGCUGAUUUUGCUAGUCUUGCUAUGGCUAUUUAA